CAGAAUGAGUAGAAAGAGACCUAUAUGCUGUCAGGAUCAUAGUCCUAAAGAAUCUCUGACACCUCACAAUCAUUGCACCUGGGGAAAUGAGGGAUGUCCCACUGCAUCACACAGGUUGUCUAUGAUGAUGGAUUAUUUUCAGAAUGAUGAAAAACAUGUAGAUGUCCUUGCUUUUGGUCCUCUACGAACAAUUUAACAAAAUAGCACAGAAGUAGAUCGUAGUCAGUAAACAGAUAGAAACGAACAAACAGUGAGGGCAUUCUUAGAACCUUCUCUGAAACUAACUUUUAGCAGUUCAUAACAGCUCAGUUUUUGUGGAUCCACCAGUUUGCAGAAGACAGAUCACUUGACGAAAUCACAGGGACCAUUUUCCACUAAUUUCAGCAGAGAUAUUACAAUAAUAGUUGAGAAAAUGCUGCCAAGCUUUGAUAGCAAAUCUAGGCAAGCUUGGCUACCUAUGCUAAUACCAGCUGUACUUCUGCUAAUAGGCCCUCUGGUGGUUAGAGGGCAAAAUGACACAGAGCCCAUUGUACUUGAGGGUAAAUGCCUGGUGGUCUGUGACUCCACACCCUCUUCAGAGCCAGCUGGGAAUGCACUGGGUAUGUCAGUGCGUUCAGGUACUGGCCGUGUGGCCUUCUCCGCCACUCGCCAAACAAACCAUGAACCUACAGACAUGAGCAACCGUACCAUGAUCAUCUACUUUGACCAGAUCUUGGUGAAUACGGGUGGUCAUUUUGACCAAGAGAGCAGUAUCUUCCUCGCUCCAAGGCGAGGGGUGUACAGCUUCAGUUUCCAUGUGGUGAAAGCAUACAACAGACAAACCAUACAGGUGAGUUUGAUGCUGAAUGGAUGGCCAAUGAUCUCAGCCUUUGCUGGAGACCAAGAUGUGACACGGGAAGCAGCCACUAAUGCUGGGCUCGUUAUCAUGGAGAGAGGGGACAAGGCUUACCUCAAACUAGAGAGGGGCAACUUGAUGGGAGGCUGGAAGUACUCUACCUUUUCAGGCUUUCUGGUCUUCCCCUUGUAAAGGAUGAUCAUGUUGGGAAAGAGAUGAGCUGGGAGAAGAAGGGUGGAUGGGUUGCAUACUCUGCACUACAGAGGGGAUAUACUACACUAUGGCAGGAUGCUACACUAUGGAGGGACUGUUUACCCCAAAAUGACAUUUUUUACUCACCUUUGUUCCAAACUCAUGACUUUCUUUGUUCCAUGGAACACAGAUGGAAAUGUUACUGUAGAUAGAAUGACAGACGCAGUCAAAAACUGUGGAACAAAGAAAGUCAGAUGGGUUUGGAACAACAUGAGGGAGAGUAAAUGAUAGUAGAAUUUCAAGUGCUGCCACAAAAUGGGAAAUCAGUAAUCAUGUAUGUUCUUCUGUGUUUUAUUUUUGCUGAGAGCAGACAAACACAGACAAUGAGAAGUUUAUUCAAAUCAAAUAUAACUUAUAACUUUCUGAUACUAUGCUAAUGUGUUUGACUGGCCUUUAUAGAAGUAUACAAUCGAACAGAAAUAACUGCCAUAAAAAUAUAUUUUAAUUUAUGCAUUUCAUUUUCAUGUGUGGUUUCAGUUGUUUUUUCUUGUCCAUGUUUGCCUGCUUGUUGAACUGUAUCUGUAUAUUCUCAAGCUUUGCAAAAAGAAGUCUUAUUAAACUGUAUUCUUUAAA